AUGUCCUCUGCGUACUCUGAUCUCGUAUUGUCGGACCAGGCGCUGGGGAAUGAGAGUGACACUUCCGGCGUGUCUUUUCGGCCGGACGACAGCGACAGCGAUGAGUCGGACGCCGAUCAAGCCCCAGGUUCGACAACUCAGACUUCACCGGAGCCUUCACGGUCUUCUGAACACUGCGACGGAGUCUUGAGUAGCUCUAAACCCUCCGUGCGCGGCUCUGGGAUUUUGCCAGAUUUUAGUGACGACCCCGAUGACGACACUGACGAAGAUAUUGCAAACAUUCCUCUUGACUAUGGGCGUGCCGAGGGGACUAAAGUUCGCGGGGUUCGAAUUGAACAACGUUGGCAUAAGUAUUGCCGAGUGAAGGCUCAAAGCCCUGAUGCGCUUUUAAAGUGGAAAGACCCGACGGAGGCUGUUCGUCAGGUCACCCCUAAUGAUGUACAUCGGUUUCUCAACUACUGCCUGAAACUGAAGUAUGGCCAAGAUGGUAGGCACUUGAAGGGAACAAAGAAAGCUAGCGCCCUCAAAGCCGAUUGGAAGACUUUCCGAGGCUACUUUCGAAAAAUAACCCGUACCAGGGUUAGCCCUGAAGAUAGCGAAGAGAUCAAUGCGGGGAUUCGGAAACUGAUCGACAAAUUCGAUCUCGAUCAGCAAGAGCGAGGGAAAGAACCAGUUUAUGUACAAGACUUGACCGAAUUAAAUGAGACCAUUCUUCGAACCCAGGAAAGGCGAUUUCAUUUUGGAUACGAGCGUAUUCAAAUGUGUCUCUUCAACAUGCUUGGCAUCUACACCGUGAAUCGACUGAGUGCCCUGCUUUCGUUACAGCUUAUACAUCUACAGUUCUCUGUACAGAAGGAUCCUCAGGGUGGCCCUCCUAGGCUUCUGGCGGAGAUCAAGUCAGAGUACACGAAGCGGUUCCUCGGGUGUGAGACCGUCAAUAAUUUUCCACUCCCUGAAAUCAUUGACGACCCGUCUCUUAUUUUCAGCCCGCAUGUAUUCAUCUUUGGUAUACUCUUCCGGCUGCAAGCUUUUGAAUCUCCAGCCCUUUCCUCGAUAGAGAGACUCCGAAGUCUCUUUGUUCAAGGCGGUCGCCAGCAGAUGCCCCUCCCCUUAAAGCCUGAGGUCGAGCAUUAUUAUAUCUUCUGCAAGACAGAAGUUGUCGACGGGCAUCCGGUUCUUCGGUGGGAUCAGCAUAUAAACGGUCCUACUAUGGCCGCUCGACUAAGGAAUCUCGGAGAGAUUCAUGGUUUGCUUCAGUCGAUGUUUGCGCAUCGUAUGCGCUAUGGAGGUGGAAAGAUGUUGAAUAAUAGUGACGCGGUCAGCGAAGCCCAGCAGAAUCUGAUCAUGAAACACGCGGAUUCCCGCACCUUCCUAAAGCAUUACCUUCCGCGACACAUUGACACGGAUAUGCAAAAUGUGAUGAACGGUCGUGAAUCCAACAGAUCUCUUAUGCGCGCAAUCACCCGUAUGAGCAGGUGGGUCGAUACUAGGCGGCCUCGACACCUAACAGCUGAGCAACGAGCGUCGAUCCGUGAACACCCAGAGUAUGUCGACGCCGUCCGGCGAUUGGAUAAGCAAGCUGAAGUUUGCAUCCAUGACCCGAGUGAGCAGAUGCGAUUGCAACGUGACCAACUCGCACGCGAAAAGCUUAACACGUUUGGCCGGCUAGAGAGGGCAUUGAGACAAAAAGUCCGGAAGGAGUUUGACCGCAGGCAGGCGAACAUAGACAUUGAGCGACAGCUCUCCGGAGCGGCUAUCGACGAUGAGGAAGCGAAGGAUGCACUACGAACGGACGGUAUGCUGCCAGAGCGGGUUAAUCUCCUCGAGAAGUUGUUAACAUGGCCGACUUCUGAUUCAUUGGAGUCAGAGUGGCGGAGACGGAAUGCGGCUGUCGCCGCAAUCUCGCAAUACUGUUAUCACCUUGAAGGUGGGCCGCUCCGUGGACGACGGAAACGGCCAGCUCCAAGCGAUGAGCCUGAUAAAGAGCAGACAACAAUGGAAGCGCGAGCAACAAAGACAACCUCCGUCUCUCCCGAAAUUUCGCAGGAAGAGCUGCUUCUAGAGAAGGCAGGAAAGUAUAUCCGGAAGGCAAAAAAACCUCGACGAUGUUUCCAAUGUUACGGCGACACCUUGCUUCCUAUUCAUCGUCGAACACAGAAAUAUAGCGAAUACAAAUCAACCUUACGACACUUUCGAGAAAAGCACUUGAAGGAUCGGAGAUGUCAUAUGUGUAGCGAGGAUCUCCUACACGAAAUGCAUCUUCGUAGGCACGCAGAGGGUGUUCACCGUCUCGCCACUAAACGCAGUUACCACGCAAAAGAAGACUCAGGAUCGGACAUUGAUACGGACUGA